AUGGUAAUUGCUGAGUUUGGUAUCCGGCUGUUGGCGACCAGUGACUGUCCCGUUGCUGCCUGGGUGGGCGUGGUGUGGGCGUGGUGCCGAUGGUGGGAGUACGCUCCCCAGGCAGUUCAACCGUCCCGAGUUGUGCAGCGUGCGAUGGGCGCGCGGUGGGCGUGUAGGUCGCGGGGCGGGGAGUGGCGCGGCCCGCCCCUGUCGCUCGAGGCGGCGUGCGCGGCGGGGGCGGGCGUGUUCGAGCUGCAGAUCCUGGAGUUCUCGAACUACCGCGCGGCGCUGGCGUCGGGCGCGUGCUGCGGCGGCGCGGCGCGCGCGGCGCCCGAGCAGGCGUGCGCGGCGCCGUGCCGCACCAAGUUCUCGCUGUGCCUCAAGGAGUACCAGUCCGCCGCCGCGCCCGGCGCCUGCUCCUUCGGCAGCGCCGCCUCGCCCGUGCUCGGCACCGACUCCUUCACGCUCGCCGAGCCGCUCUACACGCUGGCGCUGCCCUUCUCUUUCCGGUGGACGAGAUCCUUUACGUUAAUACUGCAAGCUUACGACGACUUCGAGUACUCAGAUCCAGAGGCGGGGCUGGUGGAGGAGGCGUGGUGGUCGGGCAUCGUGGAGCCGAGCGCGGAGUGGCACGCCCUGCAGCACGCGGGCGCGGCGGCCGCCGUGGCGUACCGCGUGCGCGUGCUGUGCCAGCCCAACUACUACAACACCACGUGCACCACCUUCUGCCGGCCGCGCGACGACAAGUUCGGCCACUACUCGUGCACCGCCGAGGGCGCCAAGCGCUGCCUGCCCGGCUGGCAGGGCGACAACUGCGAGAAACGUGACUGUGUGCAAGGAGGGCUGCCACCCGACGCACGGCCGCUGCGACCGCCCCGGGGACUGCGAGUGAGUACCCUCGCGAUGCGCUCGCUGGCCGCCAGCCAGCAGUGCGGCAGUGUCGCUGACUGGUCGCUCCGUAUGCUUUCAGUUGCCGGCCGGGCUGGCGCGGCGAGCUGUGCUCCCAGUGCCAGCCGUACCCAGGCUGCAAGCACGGCUACUGCAACGGCUCCUCCUGGGACUGUACCUGCGACACCAACUGGGGCGGCAUCCUGUGUGACCAAGCACGGCGGCACGUGCGAGAACACGGCGCCCGACCAGUACCUGUGUCGCUGCGCCGAGGGCUUCUCGGGCACGGACUGCGAGCGCGUCGACAACCCGUGCGCGCCGCAGCCCUGCGUGCACGGCGAGUGCUCGCUGGCCGCCUCGCCGCGCGGCUUCGCAUGCGCCUGCGCACGCGGCUGGGCCGGCGCGCUCUGCGACCAGGACGUCGACGACUGCGCCAGCGCGCCCUGCCGCAACGGCGCCACCUGCCGGGACCGCCUCGACGCCUUCGUCUGCGACUGCGCGCCAGGCUGGACCGGCCCGACCUGCACUGAAGAUAUAAAUGAAUGUGAACAAAGGGGGGCAGACGGAGCCAUUGCGGGGGCCGAGGGCGCGCUGGGCCCGUGCGUGAACGCGGCCGCGUGCAACAACACGGCGGGCGGGUACUCGUGCGCCUGCCUGGCCGGCUGGACGGGCCGCGACUGCGAGGCCAACGUGGACGACUGCACGGGCCAGUGCCUCAACGGCGCCACCUGCAUCGACCUCGUCGACGACUUCCACUGCGCGUGCGCGGCCGGGUACGCGGGCCGCACGUGCGCGCUCGACGUCGACGACUGCGCGCCGCGCCCCUGUCGCAACGGCGGCGAGUGCGUCGACCUGCUCAACGCGUACCGCUGCAUCUGCCCCGUCGGCUUCUCCGGCACCAACUGCGAGGUACCCGCGGCCGCCUCUCUGCUGUCUCUGACGACCGCGACCACUGCGCCGGCGCUCCGUGCGGGAACGGCGCAGCCUGCUACACGGCCCAGAGCGACUACUACUGCCACUGCGCCCCCGGCUGGACCGGCAAGAACUGCACGCAGCGCGCAGCGAAAGAACAGUAGUUGGGGUCGAUGGCGCAGAGCAGCGCGUGAUAUGUCGUGUUGUGCGCGCGCAGAGAGCGACGCGUGCGUGCGCCCCCCCCCCCCCCCCCGCGCCCCCGCGCUGCGCCUGCCUGCCCCCACACUCCGCCGCGCUCUGCGACCAGCGUGCAUACCCCCAGCCCGCCUCGCGGACUCCGCGCGCCCGCCAUUACAUUACACCGCACUCUUGUGUUACAGAGGUGAACGCGUGCGCGACCAGCCCCUGCCGCAACAACGCCAGCUGCGUGGACGGCGCCGCCGACUUCACCUGCAUCUGCCGCGACGGUUGGACCGGUACGCCAACUAG